AUGAAGUUAUUUUUCUUAGAAGCUGAUCAUGAAGGGAAAACAAUGCUUGAAGAAGCAUCUGCAUUAGGACAUUUGGAUUCAACAUUUGUCCUAGGAAUGAUGUUGAUGGCUGAAGGGAGACAUAGGAAGCAGGAAGCUUUGGAAAUGUUGAACAAUGCUUACCGCAGAGAAAAGGGUAAGUGGAAUCUUAGAGCAACUUGUUAUAAGGUUCAUCUCCACUUAAAUAGGGAUGGGAGGAAACAUGUACACUUCCAUGGUUUCCAUAGAACUUGUGCUAUGCAUAAGUCUGUGAUUAGUGUGCCAGAAGCUUUUGUGAAUGGAUACAAAUAG